AUGAGGCUCUGGACCUUGGGCACCAGUGUAUUCCUAAGGCUUUGGGGGACUUAUGUGUUUCCAGGAAGCACUGGCUGGACGGACUUCAUCCAACAUUUGGGAGUUUGCUGCUUUGUGGCUUUCCUUUCGGUGAGCCUCCUCUCUGCAGCCCUCUACUGGGUCUUGCCAUCCGCUGCCUUGCUCUCUGCUGUCUGGAUGGCCACUUGUGUCUUUCUGUGCUGUUCCAAGCGUGCACGGUGCUUCAUUCUUCUGGCCAUCCUCUCGUGUGGCCUCCGUGAAGGGAGGAACGCUUUGCUUGCGGCUGGUACUGGGGUAGUGAUCUUUGGACAUGUGGAAAAUAUUUUCUCUAACUUCAGAGGUCUCUUAGACAGCAUGACUUGCAACCUAAGGGCAAAGAACUUUUCGACACACUUUCCACUUUUAAAACGCUAUAUCGAAGCCAUUGAGUGGAUUUACGGCCUCGCCACUCCACUGAAUGUACUUGAUGACCUUGUUUCGUGGAACCAGACUCUGGCGGUCUCUCUUUUUAGUCCCAGCCAUGCCCUGCAGGCUCACAUGAAUGACACCAGAGGAGAAGUCCUGAGUGUCCUGCAUCGCAUGGUGCUCACGACAGAGCUUCUGACUUCUGUGGGCCAGAAACUGCUUGCCCUCGCCGGGCUUCUGCUCAUUCUAGUCAGCACUGGCCUCUUCCUGAAGCGAUUCCUGGGUCCUUGUGGCUGGAAGUACGAGAAUGUCUACAUCACCAGACAAUUUGUUCGGUUUGAUGAAGAGGAGAGGUGCCAACAGCGGCCCUGUGUCCUCCCGCUGAAUAAGAAGGAGAGGAAGAAAUACGUCAUCGUCCCAUCUUUGAAGCUGACUCCCAAAGAGAGGAGAAACCUUGGGCUUUUUUUCCUCCCCGUCCUGACCUAUCUCUACAUGUGGAUGCUGUUCGCAACUGUGGAUUAUCUGCUGUAUCGGCUCAUUUCCUCCGUGAACAAACAGUUCCAAAGCUUGCCAGGGCUGCAAGUCCACUUGAGACUACACGGAGAGCUUAAAAUUCUAGUGUCAGUCUCCUUCUACCCCGAAGUAGAGAGGGAGAGAAUUGAGUACCUCCAUGCAAAGCUCCUUGAGAAACGAUCAAAGCAGCCAUUGGGAGAAGCUGACAGGAAACUGAGCCUGUACUUUAAAAAGAUUCACUUCUGGCUUCCAGUCCUGAAAAUGACUAGGAAGAAGCAUAUGAUCCCUGCAAAUGAAGAUGACCCGUGA